AUCAAUCUGUGGAUCAAUAGCAUCUCAUUUCAUUCAUAUGCUGAUAUUACAUACCAGAGCACAACCAAUGGAGACAAAGGCAUUCUGGACCUCAAAUCUGCUUUACAGAACAUAUUUGCUGAGACAAUUGUUCAUAGCAAGGAUGAAUUUCUGCAAACUUUUUCGACAGAAAGAGAUUUCAUCAGAAAUAUGGUCUCAAACGGAGAGGUAAUACAUUCCGGAGUGAUAGAUGGAAGCAUCAUUAAUGCUCAAGUGGCUCCUUCAGAUCUCCAAGUUUUACGGAUGGAGAUUGGUUCUCCAAAUGCUGGACUCCUCUAUAGCCGAUUGGUUCCCCUUGUUCUUCUUUUUGUAGAUGGAAGCAACCCCAUUGAUGUCACUGACCCUGACUGGCAUUUAUAUCUCUUAAUUCAAAAGAAAGAGGACAAAGAAGAGCCUUUAUAUCAAAUUGUGGGCUUUACUGCUAUUUAUAAGUUCUAUCGUUAUCCCGACAGGUUAAGGAUGAGACUCAGCCAGAUCCUGGUCCUGCCUUCCUUCCAAGGAAAAGGAUAUGGAAGCUAUCUCAUGGAGGUUGUAAACAAAAUGGCCGUAGCAGAAAACGCUUACGAUCUUACAGUGGAAGAGCCAUCAGAAAAGUUCCAACACGUCCGCACUUGCAUAGACAUAAACCGCUUACUCGCUUUCGAUCCAAUCAAUCCAGCCAUAAAAUCAGCUGUUGAGACUCUCACAAAAGGAAAUCUGUCAAAGAAGGCUGACCCCCCUUGCUAUAAACUUGCUUCUUAG